UCAUAGUAAACAACGACAUAUAUACUAGGAAAUACAACAGAAAUGUGUUGAUCGGAAGAAUCAAAGUGAUGGCGUCGCAUUUAUCAGUAUCGCUAUCAACGUCUUCAUCAGAGACCUCAAUCUUCCCGUCAACUAAUCGGAAACUCGCUGUAUUACCAACAGCUGUCCGUACUUUUCCGAUUCUUUCAAAGGGACGGACAAUAAAGAAAACCAGAACACAAAUGAUUAAUGUGGCACAUGUUCAACCUCCUGAAGUCAACAGACCGCAUUGUUCCAUAAGGUCUACAUCUUUCAAUGUAAAAGGAACUGGAAGCACUACUUCACUUGAUGAAGAAGUUAAAGUUGAUGCUUCUGGGAUGGAGGUUUCCAUAAAGUUGUCUUUAUCCAGUACUGAUGCAGAAACUGAUGAUUCAGCCUCUCUUAGCAUUGCUGUUAUUGGGGCCACUGGUUUACUAGCCAGAACGAAAAUAUUUCCAGCAUUAUUUGCGUUGUAUUACAGUGGUCAUCUACCAGAGAAAUUUGGUAUAUUUGGGUACUCGAGGAAAAAUUUGACAGAAGAUCAUCUGAGAGCCAUAAUAGCACCAACUUUAAGUUGCCGCAUUGAUCACCAAGAAAACUGUGAAGAAAAAAUGGAUGCAUUUCUCAAAAGGAUAUUCUAUCUUAAUGGAGGGUAUGACAACCGAGAAGGAAUGUCAAAUCUCAAUACUCUCAUGGAAGAAGCUGAGGGAAAGUUUGGAGCAAACAGAAUAUUUUACCUUUCUGUGCCUCAAGAAGCACUUAUCGACGUAGCAUCCUCUCUUGCUGAAAUGGCCCAAACGCAGAGGGGUUGGAAUCGUGUAAUAAUUGAAAAACCCUUUGGUCUGGGUUUGUUUUCUUCUCAUCAGUUGACUACCUCGCUUCUUUCAGACUUUGAGGAAAAGCAAUUAUACAGGAUAGAUCAUCUUUUGGGAAGGAACACAAUCGAAAAUCUUGCGGUUCUAAGGUUCUCUAAUCUAGUAUUUAUGCCAUUAUGGAAUCGAAGUUACAUACACAACAUACAGGUCACUUUUUCUGAAGAGUUAGGCAUGCAGACCUCAGCAAGAUAUCCUAAUGGCUAUGGGAUUUUAGGAGAUGUUGUACACAGUCACAUCUUCCAGACAGUCGCCUUGCUUGCUAUGGAGCCGCCUGUCACCCUUGACGGUGAAGAUAUUCGUUAUGAGAAGGUUAAGGUUUUGAAAUCAAUACGAAAAUUGGAAUCAUCUGAUGUAAUUCUUGGGCAUUACGAAGCUGAUUCUGGAAGUAACUUCAAGGAUAAGGACAACCCAAUGCCCACAUAUUUUGGUGCUGUUUUAUACGUUGAUAAUGCACGGUGGGAUAGUGUGCCUUUUCUUAUUAACGCUGGCAGGGGGCUCAAAAAGAACAGAGUCGAAAUUCGUAUACAAUUUCGUCGUGUUCCUGGAAACCUUUAUAAUAAAGAUGGAGGGCAUAUGCAAAAUCUUGCCACUAAUGAGCUAAUUCUGCGUGAUGUGCCUGAUGAGGCCAUACUCGUCAGAAUCAACAAUAAAAUUCCAGGAUUAGGCAUGAACUUGGAGGCUUCUGAGUUGAACUUACUUUAUAAGGACAAGUACAACGUUGAGAUAACCGAUUCUUAUGAGCAACUUCUUCACGAUGUAAUAGAUGGAGACAACCAUUUAUUCAUGAGAAGUGAUGAGGUUGAAGCUGCGUGGAACAUUUUAUCUCCAGUUUUAAGUGAGUUGGACAACAACAAUGUAACACUUGAACGAUACAACUUCGGUAGCAAAGGUCCAGAUAAAGCUGUUAAUCUCUGGGCUAAACAUGGGGUCCAAUGGUUGGAUGAUUAGCAAAUUUCCUAUCAAACCAUCAUACAAACAUUGAAAUUCAUAAAGAAGGAACUAUUAGGAGUCCACUCUCUCCAUACUUGGUCUUCAUGGUCAUUGAUUGAGAUGGAAUNCCA